AUGUCGUAUUCCUGGGUUGGAUCUCCUGCGCCCUUCAAUGGCACCAACCAGGAGACGGGCGGUGACUCCAGUACCGAGAAUUUGAACCAAUGGUUCCAGUCGGGCGACCAGGCCUUCAUCCUCGUCUCGUCAUGUAUGGUCUUGCUCAUGGUACCCGGCAUCGCCUUCCUGUACUCCGGCCUGUCUCGAAGAAAAUCGGCGCUUUCUUUGAUUUGGGUUGUUAUGAUGUCCUUCAGUGUUGUCAUCUUUCAGUGGUAUUUUUGGGGAUACUCUUUGGCCUUCAGCACAACAGCGACCAAUGGCUUCAUCGGUGACCUGCACCACUUUGGUCUCAUGAACACUCUCGCCGUGCCUUCGCCCGGAUCGCCCCUCGUUCCAGAGCUGUUGUACUCGUUCUACCAGAUGCAAUUUGCCGGAGUAACUGGAGCACUUGUGGUCGGUGCCACGGCCGAACGCGGCCGUGUCCUACCCGCCAUGGUCUUCACCUUUUUCUGGGCCACGCUCGUCUACUGCCCCCUCGCUUGCUGGGUUUGGAACAUUAACGGAUGGGCGUUCAAAUACGGUGUCCUCGACUACGCCGGAGGAGGCCCGGUCGAGAUUGGUUCCGGAAUGUCUGCCUUCGCCUACUCAUGGGUUCUCGGGCGUCGUCACGAGAAGAUGAUGCUCAACUUCCGCCCCCACAACGUUUCCCUUAUUACCCUCGGGACUAUCCUGCUGUGGUUUGGAUGGCUCGGUUUCAACGGCGGUUCUGCUUUCGGCGCCAACCUGCGUGCCGUCAUAGCGUGCUGGAACUCGUGCUUGACGGCCGUGUUCGCCGCCAUGACUUGGUGCCUGCUUGAUUUCCGUCUGGCCAAGAAGUGGUCUAUGGUCGGCUUGUGUUCCGGUAUCAUUUCUGGACUUGUUGCCGCGACACCUGCGUCUGGUUUCAUCCCUCUAUGGGCUAGUGUCAUCUUGGGUGUUGUGACUGGCGUCUGCUGUAACUUUGCUACCAAGAUCAAGUUCCUUGUGAAGAUUGACGAUUCUCUUGAUGUUCUCGCUGAACACGGCGUCGGUGGAAUUGUUGGCCUCCUCUUCAACGCCCUCUUCGGUGCCAACUACGUCAUUGGCCUGGACGGUGUGAACAACGGCGUUUACCCCGGUGGCUGGUUGGACCACAACUACAAGCAACUCUACAUUCAGAUCGCCUACAUCGUUGCCUGCAGCGCGUACGCUUUCGUCGUAUCCGCCAUUAUCGCUAAGCUCAUCGAUAUCAUUCCUGGCUUACACCUCCGAGCGAGUGAGGAAGCUGAGCUCCUCGGUAUGGACGAUGACCAGCUGGGCGAGUUCGCUUAUGACUAUGUUGAAGUACGCCGUGACUUCCUCGCAUGGACACCGGCCAACCAGGAGCCCUAUGGUGAUGGUCACAAGAUUGUACCCCAGCAUGGCAUUGAACAACAUGCCAACAUGGCCAGCACGAACGGCCAAUCCCUCGAAUCCGAAGAGGAGAAGGUUGGCACAUCUGUAAGGUCCCCAUAA